GGUAUCUUCAUCGAAUUUGGAGAUACCCAUUUCCAUGCCCAUGAAGAAGCUUACUAUUUUUAGUUUUCCAAUCAAAAUGAUAUCAUAUCUUUGAUAAUUCUUUACCUUUUAGCUUUAAUACAGUGAUUAUGUUUUUUAAGCUCUGAAUAAUCGAGAUAUAAAAUGUGUAAAAAAGGAAAGAAAAAAAAAUCUGAUUUGGGUCGUGUAGAACAGAGCAUAGAGUGGAUCGCCAGAUUUAACAUAAUGCACAGAUGCGCUUUGUUUCUCACGAAACGUGUAUGGCAACUCCGCCCCUUUGAGCCUUUUCAAUCUCCAAAUUUCUCUUUAUAUUCUAUUUCUUCUUUCUCCCUUGUAAUUCUCUCCACCUCUUCUUCCUAUUUUCUCCAUUCUCUCUCUCCAUCUUCUUCCAUGGCCCCCGGAAUCGAACCUUUACAGCGUUCUAUCAAUGGGGGUUCUGUUAGGCCCCAUUCCCAUUUCUCCGAUGAUGGGGUUUCUCUCAAAUUCAAAGUUACCGUCGUUGGAAGUGGCAAUUGGGGCAGUGUGGCAGCCAAACUCAUUGCCUCUAAUGCCGCUAGGCUCAGCUCUUUCCAUGAUGAGGUUAGAAUGUGGGUGUAUGAGGAGACUCUGUCUACUGGUGAGAAGUUAACUGAUGUUAUCAAUCGCAACAAUGAGAAUGUUAAGUAUCUCCCUGGUAUAAAGCUUGGUAAGAAUGUUAUUGCAGAUCCAGACCUUGAAAAUGCAGUGAAGGAUGCUAAUAUGUUGGUGUUUGUGACUCCCCAUCAAUUUGUGGAGGGGAUAUGCAAGAGACUGGUUGGAAAGAUAAGGGGAGAUGUGGAAGCUAUUUCCCUUAUUAAAGGAAUGGAGGUGAAGAAGGAAGGUCCAUGCAUGAUUUCUUCUCUCAUCUCCCAGGAACUAGGGAUCAAUUGUUGUGUUCUUAUGGGGGCGAACAUAGCAAACGAGAUUGCUGUAGAGAAAUUUAGUGAAGCAACAGUGGGAUACAGGGAGAACAUGAGAGAGAGAGCUGAAAAAUGGGUUCAACUUUUCAGCACUCCUUAUUUUGUUGUUACACCUGUCCAAGAUGUUGAAGGAGUUGAAAUGUGUGGAACCCUUAAAAAUGUUGUGGCAUUAGCAGCAGGUUUUGUUGAUGGUUUGGAGAUGGGAAAUAACACAAAGGCUGCAAUAAUGAGAAUUGGUCUGAGGGAGAUGAGGAUGAUUUCGAAGCUUCUGUUUUCGUCUGUCAAGGACAGUACUUUCUUUGAGAGUUGUGGAGUAGCCGAUCUGAUUACAACGUGUCUGGGAGGAAGAAACAGGAAGGUGGCAGCAGCUUUUGCCAUGAAUGGAGGAAAAAGGUCUUUUGAUGAACUUGAAGCAGAGAUGCUGCAGGGCCAAAAAUUGCAGGGUGUGUCCACUGCAAAGGAGAUGUAUGAGGUUUUGAACCACCGUGGGUGGCUGGAGCUGUUUCCAUUGUUUGCAUCAGUCCACGAGAUCUGUAUUGGACGUCUUUCACCAUCAGCCAUCGUCGAAUAUAGCGAGCGCAAACCCAACUUCUCUGUUAUUGAUGGCCAUGCUCAGUAAUUUUAACAAGACUGGCUCACCUAUUCCAGAUGGUUGUGUGUUCAUGAAGGUAGUGGCAUCGUUUUUGUAUAAUGAAGAAAGAAAUUGAGAAAGUUGGUCAAUGUCAGACUCAAAUUUGCUUUAUCUUACCACGAUUGGCAAGUUGGUUGCAGCAUGUGAGAGAUUGAAGUUGUUUCCUGAGGCAGCUGAGAUUCUCAAAACUUGUCACUUUUAACAGUUUCAAAUGUUUCAAACGUAUCUCCUAUUUGGAAGAUAAGAUUGGUUAGUGUUGUGUAACUCUAGGCUGUUAUAUAGAAACAUAUCAUAAAAUCCAAAUCUGUAAGUUUCUCUCUUAAUGGAAAUUGAUGUUAUAUGCCGUAUCAAACUUCCUUUCUGAGAAA